AAAGGUCAAAGUAGCAAUAGAUCAAAGUACAAGACAGAUUUUAUACGUAAAAUAGUUGUUGUUAACCGCGGACAAGGUUGAACAUGACCAACCCCUUGCCGCGUUGUCACUCUUCACACACAAAUUUUUCAUCUUUGACCUACCAAUCACGCCGCCUAAUAUUGUCUCUUUGAUUGUCUCAUCUUCUUUCUUUGUUUUUCUUGUUUUUUGGACAUGGGGGGUCUUUGUUCUAAGUCUGGUAAAGGUGACAAGAGGGUUGCAAAGAGGGAAGAACAUUAUGGUGAUGGGAAUCACAAGAAGGGUGGUGAUUUGGUGAGUGUGAAGGAAGAAGAAGGUGCUGUUGUUGUUGCUGAUGGGAUUGGGAGUGAUGAGUUCUAUGAUGGGAUUCCACGCUAUGCUGAUUCUUUUUCACAUAAGUCUAGGUCUGUUAGAUCAAGACAAGCUGCUGUGGCUAAGGUCUCGGAGGUGGGUUCACGUCUGGGGAGAGCUGGCACUAUUGGAUUCGGAAAAGCAGUAGAUGUUCUGGACACACUUGGGAGUAGCAUGACGAAUUUAAAUUCUGGUGGCGGCUUUGCAUAUGGAGCUGUAACAAAGGGGAAUGAAGUUGGCAUUUUAGCAUUUGAAGUUGCAAACACUAUUGUCAAGGGUUUUAGUCUCAUGGAAUCUCUAUCGACAAAAAACGUUAAACAUUUGAAAGAAGAAGUGCUUAAGUUAGAGGCUGUGCAAGAUUUAGUUUCAAAGGAUAUGGACGAACUUCUACGGAUUGUUGCUGCAGACAAAAGGGAUGAAUUGAAGGUCUUUUCGGAUGAGGUGAUUCGAUUUGGAAAUCGUUCAAAGGAUCCUCAGUGGCACAACUUGGAUCGAUACUUUGAGAAAAUUAGCAGAGAACUUAAUUCUCAAAGACAAACAAAGGAGGAGGCGGAAUUAUUAAUGCAGCAAUUGAUGAAUUUAGUUCAACAUACGGCGGAAUUAUACCAUGAGUUACAUGCUUUGGAUAGAUUUGCGCAAGAUUAUCAGCAUAAGCGUGAAGAGGAGGACAAUUCAAGUGCAGCUCAAAGCGGUGACAGUCUUGCAAUCUUGAAGGCAGAACUUAAAAGUCAAAAGAAGCAAGUUAGGCAUUUGAAGAAAAAGUCACUCUGGUCCAGAAGUUUGGAAGAGGUUAUGGAGAAGCUUGUAGAUAUAGUCCACUUUUUACAUUUGGAGAUAAAUAAAGCCUUUGGUAGUGAAGAUAACCGUAAACCUUUAAUUCAAACCAUCAGUAAUCGCCAAAAGUUGGGUCCUACAGGCCUCUCUUUGCAUUACGCAAAUAUAGUGCUCCAAAUGGAUACUCUAGUUGCCAGAUCCGCUUCUAUGCCCGCAAAUACAAGAGAUACAUUAUAUCAGAGCUUGCCUCCUAAUAUUAAAUUAACGCUGCGUUCCAAAUUACCUGCAUUUCAUGUUGCAGAAGAUCUCACUGUAGCAGAUAUUAAAAAGGAGAUGGAGAAAACAUUGCAUUGGAUGGUUCCAAUUGCUACAAACACAGCCAAAGCUCAUCAUGGUUUUGGUUGGGUCGGGGAAUGGGCAAGCACCGGAUCUGAUCUAAACAAGAAAACGAUGAAGACUGAUGUAAUGCGGAUUGAAACAUUUCAUCAUGCAGAUAAAGAAAAAGUAGAAAACUAUAUUCUCGAGCUUCUUCUGUGGCUUCACCGCUUGGCAGUUAAAAGUAAAGCCGGGGUUGAUGUUGGAGAAAUAAAGCCUGCCGUCAAGUCUCAUGUCGGUACUGUCUUGCAAAAGACAAAUCAACAAUCGGCAAAUGCAGUAUCGCCAUUGCUCACAACUGAUGAGCAGAUCAUGCUGAAGGAUGUAAGUAACAAAAUGCGUGUUAGAGGGAUCAGUAAAAGUAAAAGCUUGGACUUUGACAGUUUGAAGACGGCGUCGACAGAUAGUAACAGACUUAUCAAAAGUAGCAGUUACUCAACAACAAGUAGAAGCAAAGAAUCAUCUUAUAACAGAAUUUGCUCUAAGGUUCCUGUGAUUGAUUUUCAUAUUGACAAAAAGAGAGCAUUGGAUGUGAUUGACAGAGUAAAUGUGACUAGAUAAUACGUGCAACCUUUGAAAUGAAAUUAUGGUGGCAAAAUGAGGAGAGAAGAAUGAUACUUCUUUGUGUAAAUAUACAAACCAUAUUCAUGCAGCAAGUGUUUCGGACGCAAGAUCUUGGUAGAUCUUCUUGCACCUUGAAUUCCUUAGCUUCACCGAGAGCUUGGUUUUGGUGAAAUGUUGUAUCACAUCAUAAUGUACAUAUCGUCUUUACCUCGGAAGAUCAACGUGACGGCAGUUCUAUUGAAAAAGGGUAGAUUUUGUUUAGUUUUUUUAAUUCUUGAGUGUAUAGACAAUGAGGAUUUGUUAUUUACAAUGAAGAUCUACAUUGCAUGUAAUAUAUUAUUGGUUUGGUUAUCUUUGUCUAUACCUUUUGAAA